UUAGUUCCAGACAAUGUUGAGUUGUGGAAUGCCUCACAUUGUCUCCCUCUGGGAUCCCUGAAUUACAGAGAAACGUCCAGGGAGCCUUUUGGCUCAAGGCUGCUCAUUUAAACCGUGUGAGGGUUUUUCGGAGCUGGAGGACUCACUGCAACACUGCUCAGGAGGGCUAAGUCAGAGCUGCUCAACAGGUGCUCAGUGCAAAGUACCUUCAGUGACAGUAAGAGAUUCUUGUACUCAGGCAGACUGACGAGGGAGCUUCAGAAUCAGAGAAAUAACAGCGGCCAUGCUUCCCAGGCUAAAUUGGUUCUGGUUGCCCCUGUUUGGGAUGCUGGGUGUAGUCUCGCUUGUUACACAAGCAGAAGAGUCUGAGAAAGCAGUCACAUUUAGCCAUGUGUACAGGUUUAACUCUGGUUGUAAGCAGGACUUGCAGGCAGUUUUGCCUUCCCAGGACCAAGCAUCAGAGGGUCAGGUCAUGACGGUGGAUGGGGAGAAGGACAUUGUUUUCAAGCACAAAAUUAAGUUUCCCUCGUCUAGCUGCACCUGCGCUGAUUCAGAGGAAUUCAAAGCCCUGCUGUACCGUGUCAAUGGUUUGGAGGAGGAGGUUACCUACCUGAAGACCCAGUGUGCUCAGGGCUGCUGCGGAGGAAGCUCAGGUGUGGACACAAGCUGUAGUGGCCAUGGUGUAUACCAACAGAACACAUGCAGCUGCAAAUGUGAUGCAGGCUGGGAGGGUCCAGACUGCUCCAUCUCCAUGUGUCCGGAUAAUUGUAAUAAUAAUGGCUACUGUGUAGAUGGACGAUGCGUUUGCCAUGCUGGUUACACGGGUCAUGACUGUGGCCUGCUCAUAUGUCCUGAUGACUGCAAUGACAAGGGCCACUGCGUGGAUGGCAAGUGUGUGUGUUUUGAGGGCUUCUCUGGAGACACCUGCAGCAUGCAGAACUGCCCAAGUGACUGCAAAGAGAACGGCCGCUGCAUCGAUGGAAAUUGUCAUUGUGACGAGGGAUUUUUCGGAAAUGACUGCUCUAUGGUACUGGGUCCAAAAGGCCUGCAUGUGAUCAGGGUGACUGAUGUUUCCCUGCUGGUGGAGUGGGAACGUGUAAAGAAAGCAGAGUACUACCUGCUCUACUACUAUCCUCAUGGAAAUGAGGGAGCCAUCCAGGAGAUCCGUGUUCCAAACACGGAAAAUUCCUACUUGAUCACAGGCCUCAAACCUGGAGUUACCUAUAUCGUGCAAGUGCAGGCUGUCGUCAAGGGCAUCAGCAGCGAAUCGGACCGCAUCACAGCCACAACAGAUUUAUCUGGUGUAGAAGGUGUCCGUGUGCUUGGACAGACAGAGGACUCUAUCCAGGUGGACUGGAAGAACCCAGAAACAGAGGUGGAUUACUUUAAACUACGUCAUGCCAGUCCAGACGGCCAUGAGAAGCUGGAAAACGUAGCCAGGAGCCAGGAAGCUAGGACUGUGCACACCAUUAUAGGUCUUAACCCAGGCACUGAGUACCAGAUAACAGUGCAAGCCAUCAAAGGGAGCAAUGAGGGAAAACCAUCCCAUACCACAGGAGUCACAGACAUUGAUUCUACGAAUUACCUGGUCACUAGGGACGUAACCGAGACCACAGUGACUGUGAUAUGGGAGAAGGUCCGUGCUGAGGUUGAUGGCUACAUACUGACCUAUAGCUCUGCUGAAGGCUCCAGCCAGGAGAUCCAAGUUGGGGCAGAUGCCACUUCCUACCAGCUCACAUCACUGAAGCCUGGGGUUCUGUACACCAUCUUCAUCAGGGCCUACAAGGGUUCUCGUUUGAGCAGGAACAGCUCUACUGAGGCUGAGACGGAACUAGAUGCACCUACUAACCUCUUGGUCAGAGAAGUGACGGAGGACUCAGCGAUGGUGUCAUGGGACCGAGUCCAAGCAGAAAUAGAUGGCUACAUAUUGAGCUAUAGCUCUGCUGAUGGCUCCAGUGAUGAAGUGCAAGUGGGAGCAGACAGCACUUCCUACCAGUUCACUGGUCUGAGGCCAGGAGUUACAUAUACAGUCUACGUCUGGGCCAUCAAGGGCUCUCGCUCCAGCAGAAAAACUACAACAGAAACUGAGACAGAACUAGAUGCACCUACUAACCUCUUGGUCAGAGAAGUGACGGAGGACUCAGCGAUGGUGUCAUGGGACCGAGUCCAAGCAGAAAUAGAUGGCUACACAUUGAGCUAUAGCUCUGCUGAUGGCUCCAGUGAUGAAGUGCAAGUGGGAGCAGACAGCACUUCCUACCAGUUCACUGGUCUGAGGCCAGGAGUUACAUAUACAGUCUACGUCUGGGCCAUCAAGGGCACUCGCUCCAGCAGAAAAACUACAACAGAAACUGAGACAGAAAUUGAUGCUCCAAAGAAUCUGAAAGCUGUUGAUGUUAAGAGUGAUUCUGCAGCUCUAACCUGGACCCCUCCUCAGGCUCAAAUUGAUGGCUACGUUCUUAGUUACAGGCCUGAAGACGGUAGUAUGCAGACUGUUGAGAAGAACUUUGUCGCAGGAGAUACCACAAUUAGCCUCUCUGGUCUGGCCACAGGGAAGAAAUACGUCGUCACUCUGAUUGCGUAUAGAGGCUCAAAGAGGAGUAAAGUGGUGGAGACCAUAUUUAUCACUGUAGAAGCAGCCUAUCAUUUUCCUAUGGACUGCACACAGAUCAUGAAGAAUGGAAAGAUGAAGAGUGGAGUUUACACUAUCUAUGUGGCCAAUGAUCGCAAUAAGCCAAUGCAGGUGUAUUGCGACAUGACCACAGAUGGUGGUGGCUGGCUUGUCUUUCAGAGACGCAACACAGGCAAGUUAGACUUCAUGAAGCGCUGGAGACAAUACACGCAAGGCUUUGGGGAACUGACUGAUGAAUUCUGGCUUGGCCUGGAGAACAUUCAUGCGCUGACCAACACGAGCACAAAAUAUGAAGUGCGAUUCGAUCUGGGUCUGGGAAGUGAGCGUGCUUACGCUGUUUAUGAUGACUUUAAAGUAGGAUCAGCCAAGCAGAAAUUUAAGCUCACUAUUGGCAAUUACAGAGGAAAUGCAGGUGAUGCUAUGGCUUACCACCAGGGCAGACCUUUCACUACUAUAGACUCAGACAAUGACAUUGCCCUGGGUAAUUGUGCUUUCACACACCAUGGUGCCUGGUGGUACAAAAAUUGCCACUUAGCCAACUUAAAUGGCAAAUUUGAGGACAACAGACACAGCAUGGGGGUGAACUGGGAGCCGUGGAAGGGCCACCUCAUGUCCCUGGACUAUACAGAAAUUAUGAUCCGUCCAGUGAACACAGCUAGCCGAAAGAAGAGAUCGCUCAAGCGAAGAGCAGCUGCCUAAUGAUCAUUACACUGCAAAGUGAAAUGACACAAAGGAAGUAAAAAUUGCGAUUAAUCAAAAUAUCAUAUUAUCUCAUUAUAUAUAUAUAUAUAUAUAUAUAU